CGGUACCGGUGCCGUGACCUCUUACACUACCAGAUAACACAACACUUCUGAACUAGAACUCAGUGUUUUAUAUCAACUUUUUUUUUUUAAAUCCUGCUCUAAGUUUUGUUUUGGAGGUUUUUUUGUGCACUGCUCCAUGAUGCGUCUCCAGUUUGCUCUGUGCGUAAUGACCCUGGUCGCCUCUUCUUGUCUGCUUGCCGAGGGGAGGAUAACCAAACGUUUCGCCAUCGGUUGCCCGGAGAAGUGUGAUAAGUCUCAGUGUGCACCGAUCCCUGCAGACUGCCUGGCCGGAGACGUGCAGGACCGGUGUGACUGCUGCCCGGUGUGUGCGUCCGGAGAGGGGGAGCAGUGCGGGGACGCAGAUGACCGAGAGUGCGCCGAGGGGAUGGAGUGCGUGGUGAGCGAUGGCGUGGAGGUGUCCGCCACCGUGAGACGGAGGGGAAAGGCCGGUGUGUGCGUGUGCAAGACCACCGAGCCGGUGUGUGGAAGCGACGGCGUCUCGUACCGGAACAUCUGCGAGCUGAAGCGGGUCAGCAACCGGGCCAUGAAGCUGCAGCAGCCGCCGGUGAUUUUCAUCCAGAGAGGAACCUGCGGGAAAGGUCAGCAGAACCCAAACAGCCUUCGUUACAAAUACAACUUCAUCGCUGACGUGGUGGAGAAGAUCGCACCUGCUGUCGUUCAUAUUGAACUGUACCGCAAGAUGAUAUUCUCUAAGCGGGAGGUGGCGGUCGCCAGCGGCUCUGGGUUUGUUGUGUCAGAAGACGGACUCAUCGUCACCAACGCUCACGUGGUUGCGAAUAAGCAUCGAGUAAAGGUGGAGCUGAAGAGCGGAGCCACAUUCGACGCCAAGAUCAAAGACGUUGAUGAGAAGGCCGACAUCGCUCUGAUCAAGAUCGAUACACCG